ACCUAUUUAUUGAUAUAAGGUCAUUGAACAAUAGACCAGACAAGUACAAGAUGGACUUAGUUUUAACUAUAUUGAUGCUUACCUCCGUUACAUAUGUAACAGCGGUUACUCUAGAGUGCCCGGCAAACUUAGAUAGCGGUCAAAAUGUACGUCAUUUUGGAACUCAUUGUUACGAGUUCAUACUAAACCACCCAGUGGACUGGUUCCACGCUGACAAUGAUUGUAGGAGUAAACGAGGCUACCUUGUAGAUAUACAUUCGCAAUCAGAACAGGCGUUUAUAUACAAUACAUUACAGAUUCUUGGUUUACAUGGUGAUAAAGGUGUAUGGAUUGGACUGACCGACAAAGAUAAGGAGGGCACGUGGAAAUGGACUUCCGGAACAAACGUGAACUAUAAGAACUGGGCGGCAGGACAGCCAGGUCUGUUUGGAGGAAGCGAAGACUGUGCUCUGCUAGAAAAGAAUGGCCACUGGGGUGAUUACCCGUGUUCUGGAAUAUUUUUGCUAAGACAGAAUCAUGGAUGGAUAUGCAAAUAUGCUGAAGUACCCUUGACAACAAAAGUCAUGACGACGACCAGCCCAACGACAACAACAACUCAAACUUCAUCAACGAACAAAAUGUCAUCGACUCUUAUGAGUACUUUGAAGUCAUCAACACCAUUGAGUACUAUGACGUCACCAACCGUUUUGUCUACGAUAUCAUCAACACCAAUGGAGAUUAUGACGUCACCAACGGUUUCUUCUACGAUAUCAUCAACACCAAUGGAGAUUAUGACGUCACCAACGGUUUUGUCUACGAAAUCCUCAUCGACAUUGAAAAUAGUGAUGUCAUCGACGCAUAUUGAAACAAUGACAAUGAUGUCUUCGCCUGCUCUAUCCACCAAAUCGUCAACAACGUCGAUGGAAACAAAGAUGUCGUCUGCUGCACCAGUGAUGUUAUCUUCACCGACUGAUACAAAUACGUCAUCUAUGACAAUGCCAGUGACGGGCAUGAUGUCAUCAACUUUAAGUAAUGCGAUGAUAUCUUCAAAGACUUCAUCUUCUGCCAAGUAAACUUAGUCGAUCACUACACUUAAAGAGACGUAUUAUUUACAUAAGGUACAAAAAUUCUACAAAAUAAGGGAAAUUUCGCUUAUUUCUGAUCUUCAAAUGUUUUAAGAAACAAAUAAACUUAAG